GUCGAAGGUGCUUGGCAGGAGCCGCAAUUAGCAGAGCACCAGCCCUAGCAGCGAUCGCUGGACAGGCCGACAGGCCUCGCCACCCUACACGAGGCGCUGAAGCCGUGAAACGCGCUGCCAGCGCGAGCGCGCACGCCGGCAACUCCGGAGAGCGCGCGCCAAGCAAGCUCUCGCCGCAGCGCGCGCGCGAGGCGCCGGGCCCUAAAAAACAAUGGCCGACGCCUCCGACGCCGACCUCGACUACCUCGACGAGUACGAUCCCGACCGGGGCAUCCCCUUCUCCACUCAUUUAAUCGCGGGCAGCGGCGCCGGCCUCGCCGAGCACCUCUUCGUCUUCCCGCUGGACACCGUCAAAACGCACGCCCAGUGUGUGGGGUCUUGUGGAAGAACGCAGGUCGCGGACAUCUUCUGCCUGAAGCACGCCCGCCAAUUAGUAAAUGACGGCCUCACGACGGGCACCGGCGCUAGGAGACUCUGGCGGGGCGUUUCGGCGGUAUCAUUAGCCUGCGCCCCGGCCCACGCCCUCUACUUCGGCGCCUUCGAAGCGGUCAGGAGCAUGGAGGCCCAACCUUCGCAUGCCACGAACGCCCUAGCAGGGGCCGUCGCCGUAGUAGGCCACGACGCGCUGAUGACGCCCGCCGACGUCCUCAAGCAGCGGUUGCAGCUGGGGCACCACCGGGGCCUCUGGGACGCCUGGACCUGCUCGCUGAAGCACGGGGGGCUGGCGGGGCUGUAUCGUUCGUUACCCACAACUCUAGCGAUGAACAUUCCCUACGGCUGCGUGUCCGUGGCCGCCAACGAGGCCCUCAAGGCCAAGAUGAAGCGUAAUUCCGGAGACAAGCUGGGCGUCGGGUCGUUACUCGCUUGUGGUGGUUUAGCUGGCGCGGUCGCCUCAUUGGCGACAACACCAUUGGACGUGGUGAAAACUAGACUACAAACACAACACUUAACGUGCUCGCUGGGCGCCGCAUCAGCAACGCACGACUUCGGCACCAGGAGCCUCUCGACGGCCGCGCGGCCGCCCCGAGUGAUGUUCUCGGGAUUCGCCGACGCGGCCUCGCACAUCUGGCGCGCCGACGGCGCGGUCGGCUUUUAUCGAGGGGCGGCCGUGCGGGCGCUCGCGCAGGCGCCGUCGGUGGCCAUCGUUUGGACGACGUACGAGCUGUUCGUGCGGACGCUGUCGCCGUCUCCGCCCUAGAGGCCCUGUUCUAACUUGCUUUAAUUACU